AUGGUGCACUCUUUUGACAUGGUGCUCAAGUUUAACAACACUCGAAAAAUCUUGCCGCAGAUCGCGGCGAAUUUGCAUGCGACGAGUCGCCAGCGGGUCGCGGAGAUUGCGGAGUCCGACCACGAGCAGGAAGGCGAGCUGGUCGAAAGCCUCGCGGAUGAGGAGCUGCAACGGUUACUUGGCCUGCGGCGAUCGCGCCUACCGUGGGAAGACCCGCAGGGUCUAAAGCUGGCCGAGAGACGAAAGACCAUGCCGACCCGCCGAGCAGCAAAGGGUGUGUCAUUGAUACACCGGGCAAACUCACCGCGAAAAAGUUUUAUCGAUGGUGUAUCCUCCACACCCAGGGAAAAGAAAAGGAGCUCCUGCGCAAGCUUAAAAAGCUCCUGCCGGGAGCAAUUCACGGAUGUAGAUCUCCUGUUCAAGGCCGUCCGAGGCCUUCAGGAGGCACAGGAGCGCGAGGCCACAAUCUCCGCGCUGAUGGAGUGGGGGUCGUCAGCUAGAGGCCAAUCCCCAGCUAGCGAUCCCAAUGGACGUCGAAAAUGCCUACAAGAAUUGUGA